GCGGUCCAGGGUGCGGAGCCGGGCCAGGGCCUCGCUUGGGGCCCCGCCGCGUCCCUUCCCGGGGCGGCCUCGCUGCGUCGCGCGCCUCCGGUGCGACCAUCACCGGCCGGCGUGGCCGGGCCGGGCCAGAGGCCGCGGCGCGGGCAUUUUCUAAACAGGGUCGUUUCGCGCGUGCUCCUGCUUCGAUGUGGAAGCUCCGUGACCUCGGAGGACCUGAGUCGUGGAGUUGGGGGAGCUUUUAAAGGAAACUUUGUUGAGCACCGCGUUGUAGGCGGGCGCGGUGGCGCCUCUGGGCCCCGCUAUCCUGGAGGUCGCGGUCGCAACUGCACCGCAGCCCGGGCAAGAGCGAGACCCUGUCUCUAAAUAAAUCACACGCGCCCAGUCAUGAAAGUAAGACGGACGCCAGAAUCUCACAUGCUUUUAAGUUCUUUGUGGAAGUGGCGCUCUCAGUGUUCAGAAAAGUGGUCUUAACUGUCGCCAAGGCUGAAUUGCAGUGGCACGAUCAUAACUCACUGCAGCCUUGACCUCCUGGGCUCAAGCCACCCUCCCACCUCAGCCUCCUGAGCACCUGGGACCACAGGAUGCACCACCCCGCCUGGCUAAGUUUUUAAUGUGUAGACAUGGGGUCUGAAUGCGUUAUUGAGAGUGGUGUGGAACUCCUCCUGGACCGAAGUGAUGCUUCCACUUUGGCCGCUCAAGAGUGCUGGGAUUACCGGCGUGAUCCACUGCACCUAGUCCAAGCUUUCAUUUUUUUGUGGGGGGAGACGGAGACUCACUCCGUUGCCCAGGCUGGAGUGCAGUGGCACAAUCUCGAUGACGGCUCACUGCAACCUCCACCUCCCAGGUUCAAGCAGUUCUCCUGCCUCAGCCUGCCAAAUAGCUGGGAUAACAGGCACAUGCCACCAUGCCUGGCUAAUUUUUUUGUAUUUUUAGUAGAGACAGGGUUUCGCCAUGUUGGCCAGGCUGGUCUCGAACUCCUGACCUCAGGUGAUCCACCACUUCAGCCUCCCAAAGUGCGGGAUUACAGGCAUGAGACACCGCGCCUGGCCCCAGGCUUUCUUUAAACGAGGAAUAUAUGCACAUAAAAAUUCAGAAGGCCUAGGCUGGGCAAGGUGGCUCAUGCCUGUAAUCCCAGCACUUUGGGAGGCCAAGGCGGGCAGAUCACUUGAGGUCAGAUUUGAGACCAGCAUGGCCAACAUAGCGAAACAGUCUCUACUAAAAAAAAAAAAAAUUAACUGGGCAUGGUGGCGCAUGCCUGUGGUCCCAGCUACUCUGGAAGCUGAGGCUUGGGAGGCUGAGGCACGAGAAUUGCUUGAACCCAGGAGGCGGAGGUUGCAGUGAGCCGAGAUUGCGCCACUGCACUCCAGCCUGGGCGACAGAAUGAGACUCCCACUCAAAAAUAUAAAUUUACUGUAAAAAUAUAUUUGCCCAGCGCGUGGAAUGAUCUGGGUUUCGUAACCCAUAAGGCUGACCAGGACUCAUUGUCCAUGGAGAGCACCCUCGCCUUCCACGGGGAGAUGGUGCUUAGCCUCCUUCCUGCACUUCCAGCCCCACUGCUCCACCCGGCAGGCUCAUGCUGACUGUGCUUUGCUGAGAAUCUGCUUAGGAGCUGCCUCAGUUUGCUGAGAAGUGAAAUGUUCUUGGGGGAACCCUCAAGGUUGUUGUCCCAGUUCCCUGACACUAGGGCCUGCGUUUAGCAUGGUGCUCAGCCCAACACACCAGACAGGCACUGUUCCCACCUCUGCCAAUGAGGAAAGCCCCUGGGGGUUAACACUGCCGCUGGUGCCAGCACUGAUGGCAGCAUGGCAGUCAGGACCCAGGCCUGACAGCGUCCCCGGCAGCUACAGAAGUGCAUGCUCCCUCUCUGCACAGGUCACUUCCAGUACCUCUUGGUGUUGAAGUGAUUUAAGUCAGAACCCCUUUUAUUGCCCCAGGGGUGACCGCGAGGCCGUGGUCUCGGGGCUUUGUGUUUGCAGGAGUGUGGGGCUGGGGCUGCCUUUUCCGCGUCCCCUGGAGGAGACCUCAGGCAGCCUCUGUAGGUCUGAGGACCUGGCUGCAUGCCAGCUUCUCCUGGGAGGCUUUGGACUUGGGAGCCUUUGAACCUGCCCUUGAGAGGCGGAUCAGGAGGGGGCAGGUUUUACGCGUCGUGUGUUCAGUCCUUCACAUGCACCCUCCAAGGACCUGUCAGGGAUGGAGCAGCUUGCUGGAGACAAGGGGCAUGACCUCAGCGGUGGCGCUGAGAGCCCGGAAACCUGGCUGGCGUCAGGCACAUCAUCCUGGUCCUCUCAGGAAAGGGGGGCGUUGGGAAAAGCACCGUCUCCACAGAGCUGGCCCUGGCACUGCGCCAUGCGGGCAAGAAGGUGGGAAUCCUGGAUGUGGACCUGUGUGGCCCCAGCAUCCCCCGCAUGCUCGGGGCGCAGGGCAGGGCCGUGCACCAGUGCGACCGCGGCUGGGCACCCGUCUUCCUGGACCGGGAGCAGAGCAUCUCGCUCAUGUCUGUGGGCUUCCUGCUGGAGAAGCCGGACGAGGCCGUGGUGUGGAGAGGCCCCAAGAAAAACGCGCUGAUAAAGCAGUUUGUGUCCGACGUGGCCUGGGGGGAGCUGGACUACCUGGUGGUGGACACGCCCCCGGGGACCUCCGAUGAGCACAUGGCCGCCAUAGAAGCCCUGCGUCCCUACCAGCCCCUGGGGGCCCUUGUGGUCACCACGCCCCAGGUACCGCCCCCGGGGGCCCUCGUGGUCACCACGCCCCAGGCGGUGUCCGUGGGGGAUGUGAGGCGCGAGCUGACCUUCUGCAGGAAGACCGGCUUGCGGGUGAUGGGAGUCGUGGAGAACAUGAGCGGCUUCACCUGCCCACACUGCGCAGAGUGCACCAGCGUCUUCUCCAGGGGCGGUGGAGAGGAGCUGGCCCAGCUCGCCGGGGUGCCCUUCUUAGUGGAAGGUGCGGACAUGGCGCCACCGCCUCCACUGUGCCCUGCAGGCUCCGUGCCCCUGGACCCUGCGCUCAUGAGGAGCCUGGAGGAGGGCCACGACUUCAUCCAGGAGUUCCCCGGGAGCCCCGCCUUCGCUGCACUCACCUCCAUAGCCCAGAAGAUUCUGGACGCGACGCCCGCCUGCCUCCCCUAAGGCCACCUUGCAGCCGCUUUCCAGGGCCACCGAGGGCUCUGCUCCAGCCUCUCAGAGAAACAGAGAGGCCUAGGUUCGGUUCCCGGGCCCUGCAGGAGCAGGCCCAGGCAGCAUCAGCGGGAGAGCGUCUCCCCGACCAGCCCAGCCCUAGGAUGUGUCGCACCAGCAGCUCUGCCUGGUUGGCCUGUGGCUGAGAGGACAGCUCGGGCCCUAGUGCCGUGGCCUGCGUGCUCUGCAGCUGUGAGACGGGGCGGCCUGGGCUCUCUUCCCAUCAUGUUUCCCACCUGUGCCCCUGGUAGCCGCGUGUCCACACAGCAGAGCGCAGGACUUCUGCAGUCCUCAGGUGACCCCGGGCCUCCAGCACCCUGGGGUCGCUGUCAUCUGUGUUAAGCUCGGGGAGUGCCCCCUAAGGGGGCGAACUGAUCUCAGGCAUGUCUUUUAACUGUAGAGGACCCUACCAUUAAACGCGUCCGCUGCUGUGGUGACAA